AUGCGCUCUGUGUCACUCUGGGGCACGUCACCUGUGAUCAGCAUCCAGAGCGGUGGGCAGCAAUGCGACUGCCUUUUAGGCCUGGAUCUCGGUGUCCUCCUGGAGGUGGCGGUGAAUGAAGAUGUGCUGAAGCAGCUUGAGGCCGCUGGCUUUGUCCCGGCCCGGCCGGCGCCCCCGGGCCCUGGCCCCUGGGGCUCCCAGGACCCGCUGCUUCUCAGCCUGCGCCCCAAGAAGUCCCCCGCCAGCCCCUGCAGCGAUGCCGAGGAGCCGCGUGGAGGCAGCCUCCGCGGGCCCCCCCCCAAGCUGGUUCCCGUCUCGGGGCGGCUGGAGAAGAACGUGGAGAAGACGCUGAUCCGCCCCACAGCCUUCAAGCCGGUGGUGCCCAAGGGCCGGAGCCCGGGCGGUCCGGCACUGUCCGACAGCCAGGCCAGCCUGGCCCAGCUCUUCGAGAAGCCAGGGGGUCCCCACAGCUGCCGCCACAGUGCCCACUCGGGGACCCUGUCGGACUCCGGGAGGAACUCUCUGUCCAGCCUGCCCACCUACAGCACUGGGGGCAGCCACGCUGAGCCGCCUGGCGCCACGCUGGGCCACGGUGCGCCGGAUGGGCUGGGUGCGCGGGGCCUGCCCGGGCCCUGGGCCUCGGACAGCGGGCGCUCGUCGUCCAGCAAGAGCUCGGGCUCGCUGAGUGGCCGCGGGGCCCCCUCCUCGGACGGCGGGUCCCACGGGCGUUCGCCAGGCAGUGGUGACGAGGCCCUGCUGGUGCGGGAGCUGGAGGAGAAGCUGCGGGAGCGGGAGGCUGAGCUGCGGUGGCUGCGGGAGAGCCUGGAGGACGAGGGUGCCGGCGGACAGGUGCUGGGGGAGCCGGCGGCAGGUGGUGCGGCAGAGCUGGCAGUGCGGCAGGCGGGCCGGGGGCGCCGGGCGCAGCAGGUGCUGCAGCUGCAGGUACUGCAGCUGACGCAGGAGAAGCGGCAGCUGCAGGAUGACUUCGCCCAGCUGCUGCAGGAGCGCGAGCUGCUGGAGACGCGCUGUGCUGCCCUGGAGCGCCAGCAGGCCCAGCUGGGCCCGCGCCUAGAGGAGACGCAGUGGGAGGUGUGCCAGAAGGCGGGCGAGAUCUCCCUGCUGAAGCAGCAGCUGAAGGAGGCGGCAGGCGAGGCGGCGCAGCGGGGCGCGGAGCUGCUGGGGCUGCGGGCGCAGCUGCGGGAGGCCAUGUGGGGGGUGCUGUGCCCCUGCCUGCUGUCAUGGGCCCCCGUUGUGUCUGAGAAUGGGCACAACUCGCUGCAGCGAUGA